GGGAUUCCUACGGAAAUAAUCCGUCCACUGGUUACACCUAAUUUUUCCGGAAGAAACGAAGUUAGAACCAAAGACCAAAUAACACCAGCUAUGGGCGCAGGUAGCACCGACGGGCCUCAUGUCACCGUGAGCGUGAGCUCGAAGGGUGGCGGGGGUGGAGGUUGCUGCAGCGGUUCCACCUCGUGCAAAACCACAGCCAGUUCCUCUUCAAGCCGGGGUGCAGAAAAAGUCCAGUUCGCAGCAGCGCCCGAAACCGUCGUUUCGCCAGCAUUGACAGCAGCAACGUCUUCUUCCACAACAACAGCGACUGCUAAUGCAGGCACAAUACAAGAACCUUUCGAGUCCUCGAUAGGAGCGCCAGGUCGCGGGGUCGCCGGAAGAAACAUGCACGAAGCCGCACAGUACAGUAAAGCAGAUAAACCCACAUCUCAGCUUACUCCACUAUGGGCCUGCAAGUUCCUGUAUUUUCUCCAGCUGGGGUGUGCAGCGUCGCUGGUGCGGUUCCUGGUGGUGCUCUACACCGACCUCGGGAUUGGGCCGAAGUUUAUCGGGUACCUGAUGUGCCUGGAUCCGCUGAUGUGCUUCGUUGGGCAGAUUUUCUGGGCUUCCAUCUGCGACUUCACGAAAGUACACAAGCUCGUCUUGUCCAUUUCCUCCGGGCUCGCGGUGGUUUUCUACCUCGGGUUAAAUGCGUACAAGGAGAAUCUAACCUGCGUCUUCGUGUUCGUGGGGCUCGCCGCAUUCUGCCGGGCCGGCGCGCAGGGAAUCCAGGACGCGCUGUGCCUGUCGGUGUUGAAACAGCAUUCUGGUAGAGAUUUUCAAGUUGCAACAUGAGCAUUUCUCGCAGCUUCGUCACGAUGAGAAAUUUAUUUUCGGCAUGUAGGUAUAAGACAAAGGCAAAGCGAAAGACCACAGCUGGGCCGCAGUCUUUUUCCUUGUGCGCACCUCCACCUCGAGACGUUUAACACUGCCCGCGCGCAACAAUUUUUGUUUCCAGGUGCCGAAGACGACGAAUCUUACGGCGGGCAGCGCAUGUGGGGCGCGGUGGGGUGGGGCACGAUGGCGUUCUUGACGGGGUUUAUGGUUGACCACUACGGCACUGGGUACAUGUUUGUCUCCUACACGGUCGGGACACUGAUCUCCAUCACGGUCUUGCUGGUUUAUUUCCCCGGCGGGGCGCCGGGCGACUUGGCGGUCAUGUCCCCGACUUUCACGCCGGCUGAAGCGAGGAGGAAGAAGCUGUUGCGGUAUUAAGGCGAGUUUUGGGGUUGUAUGAUUGAAAAUGAUCUUCAAGACUUACACUCCAUGCGCGUAUGAACAUGAAGCGCAUGAUCUUAGAAUACGGCGUGUGUGAAGAUGUCCUUGAUCAUCCGCAGCACAGUCCUGCUCUUAUCUCGCGCGUCAGCACAACACAAACACAAUUAUGUCAGGUUUCGCGCCAUGUGGUUCUUCGCGAACCUGGUUGUUUACGGCACUUGCAUGGCCAUGGUGGAGACCUUUCUCUUCGUCUACCUGGAGCGUGAUUUCCAGCCGCCGGCGGAGAAGUCGCUGCUGGGCCUUUCGAUCGCGGUGAUGUGUUUGUUCGAGCUACCGGUGUUUUUCUACUUUAACCGGGCCUUGGAGAUCCUCUCCGAGAGGACGGUGUUGAAUCUGUGUCAUCUAGUCUUCGCGUUGCGGUGCCUGCUCUACGUGAUGCUGCCCCGCGACCAGGUGUGGACGGUGCUGCUGGUCGAGCCCUUGCACGGAGUAACCUUCGCCGCCAUGUGGACUGCCAGCGUGCACUACGCCCAGAACAACGCGCCACGAGGUACUUUUUUAUUUUUGAUCAUCAUGUCAGAAGAAAAAGAAUAGAACUUCUAAAACAUCGAAAUCCUCAUGGUAAGCGUGUUUGGAAAUUUGUUCUCGUCUUGAUUUACUGCCUAGUGUAAGCGUGCGUGGUGCAGCUGCUCCGCAGACUGGCAGUGCCAUAGAUCGUUAUUUUUUAAUUUAGAUUCCUAUCGCGCUGGUCCUGGUCGGCCAAAUUGAAAUCAAACCCAAAGAUCUUGAAGAUAGGAUUCAUUUAGAGAUGUAGGCGCUGUGGCCGCUACUUGCUAGCACCUCCUUCGCGUCAGUACUUCUACCUGAAUUUCACCACUUCUUACAAUGCAAUGGUGAUUCCUCAGUCUUCCAGCUUGAGAUCGGAUCGCAACGCUCUGAGACAAAAUCGCAGUUCUCAUUCGGGAUUCUAGCCACAGAGGGAGAGCCUCUUUCUGAGCGGGCCUCUUUUCUGCCAUAGUUUCCCAAAAAUACUGAUCCAAUACACAACCGCUUUAAAUGGGGUGUGGCGCUAAUGAAAUGCACCUCACUCUGGCGUUUGAGAAUUGGGACAUUUACUUUUCAACCUCGUCCUGCAGCGAUCUACUUCACCUUGAUCGGUCGCUGAAACAGAGCAAGUCGAAACCGCGUGAUGAAAAAUUGUGUGUCUGGUGAGGUUUUUCAGACCAGCAGAUGGUUUCUUCUAGGGAAGCUUGGAACGCCCAGAGUGGGUCUACGCUUUCUCAAUGAAUUUUGGGUCUGCGUCCCAUGCCUGCUUUGGGUCAUGUACAAGUCACUUUCUGGUGGUGACUGUCUGCUGGUCUGAACUCCGAGGAUAAUCAACAAAGGAUUAUGAGAGCUGAGACUGGUUUUGCGGUUGCUCAAGUCAUUGACACUGACUUCCACUUUAUUUAUUAGUAUGAAAAGCAAGGGAAAGUCCACUAUGAUGACACAAACUAACAUUUCCAAAGUUCUUUGCUGAAGCGCUCGCGCUCAGUGUUGAACAAAAAGUAGGGUAAAAGCUGACAGUAAGCAAGAAUGAUAUAUCGUGCGCCUCGUAUGACAGAGUCUUUGGCCGUGCGAACGGAGUAAGUGCAUGAGUCAUGUUUCUAAAUUCGACCGGUCUAUUCUUUGUAUUCUUGCUACUGUGAUGACAGAAACUAUAGAACCUUCAACAAGUUCUGCGUCUGAAGCGCUCGCGCUCAGUGUUGAACAAAAAGUAGGGUAAAAGCUGAUCAAGCAAGAAGGAUGUACUGUUGCGCGUGGUGCUAACGCAUGACAGAGAAUUUAGUCCUUGCGAACUGCGCUCGUUGAGUAAUUCAUUGUUCUAGAAGAUACUGGUCUAUUUCUGAAAUUGUGAUGACAAAAACUAUAGAACCUUCAACAAGUUCUCCGUCUGAAGUGCUCGCGCUCAGUGUUGAACAAAAAGUAGGGUAAAAGCUGACACCACAGAAAUAAGCUUUACAACGAAUACUUUACCUACUAGAUGCAGCAGCUACAUGUUGACAAGUGCUACAUUGAAGCGCAAGUCCGCAUGAGAAAUGACUUCUCUCAACACCUCUAUCAGGGCUCGAGACCACGAUGCAAGCAGUGUGUAACGGACUUUACCAACAGCUUGGUUUCUCUAUCGGCUCCCUCUUCUGGGGCCGCGUGAUUGAUUCUUACGGUUUCGAUUUUGCCUACUACGCCUGUGGUGUGGUGGUUCUCGUGUGGGGCGCGGUGUGGGCACUUGGGUGGAGAAUCCACGAGAAAUACGAGGUGCAAAACGUCGCCCUGCAGCGAAAACUGCUGUUCGACGCGUGAAGGAGCGGAGGGACAGCGCAGCUACCGGACGAGCGCUUCAAAGGCGCGUGUCAGUACCAGGACCGCGGUUGACCUCUUGCGAGGGUACGGCUAUGGAGCUUGUCCUGGCUUCAAAAAAGACUCCCGAUGAUCGAGACGGAUGGAUCAAUCCGACAGGAUGUGUCAGUCCGUUUCUUUGUGAAAUCUGAUGGAUGCCGCAUUUCUGCGAUCUUCACUGGUUGGUGGUGCCACGACAUCUGUAUGAAUUGUUUCAAGAUGGUACUACGUAUGUAUGAACUGUUUCUAAAUGGUGCGAUAGCGGCCUCUACUUACUAUUUUUUGAAGAUUUCAUGAUAUGAUAGGUAUAGGAUGGUUCGAGCGCGAAAAAAUCGACUUUCAAACUGUUUCCGUUUCGAUGUAGCAACGAAAUCUGCAUUUGGAAAUGCGGAGCCAGGGGCGCAGCCGUUUUUCCGUAAUUUUUCUGUGUUAAUGACUUUGUGAACCUGCGCAUACACUUACGUGCAGCUGAAGCUGUCGAUGCAGAGCACCGUGAUCCAAAUUUUCCAAACUUCAAAUAAUCCAAACUUCCGUAUUUUUUGUAUCAUGUAGUCGUGGAUCUCUCAAAAUCUAAAUCACGAAGCAGAUCUGCCGGAAUUCUGUCUGAUCCC